UUAUUACAAAAUAAAAUAAAAUUAGGGCACAUAGAGAUAUAGCCAUUGAAGAAGAUGAGGAGAAUUUCUCUGCGAAAUGGCAAUGGCAAUGGUAUUCCCUUUGUCUCUUUCUUUGCUGAUUCAGCAAUUACUGUGAGAACUUGUUCUUCGUGCCAUUACAGUAAUAAAUCUAUUCCAGUAAAGGAUAAAAUUGGUGUAAAUAGUAGCAAUUUAGAUGAUGCUGUUACUCUCUUCCAUCAAAUGGUUACAAUGAAGCCUCUUCCUUCAGUUGUCGAUUUCUCUAAAUUGUUUAAGACUAUGAUAAGUAUGAAACAUUACUCUGCUGUCCUUUUUCUUUUUCGACAAAUGCAGAAAUUGGGUAUUCCAAUUGAUGGCUUCAUCUUGACUAGUGUGAUUAACAGUUAUUGCCUUAUGCAUUACUCUGCUGAUGGUGCAUUUUCUGUGUUACCCAUUUACUUGAAGAAUGGCAUUCCGUUUAAUGUUGUCACCUUUACCACUUUAAUAAGGGGACUCUUUAGUGAAAAUAAGGUCAAAGAUGCUGUUGAAUUGUUCAAAAAAUUGGUGAGAGAGGAUAUCUGUGAGCCCAAUGACUUCAUGUAUGCAACUGUAAUGAAUGGGCUCAGCAAAAGGGGUCAUACUCAAAAAACAUUAGGUUUGCUCCGGUUAAUGGAACAAGGUAACACUGAGCCCGACAUAUACAUCUACAACAUUGUUAUAGAUGCUCUUUGCAAAGAUGGAAACUUAGAUGCUGCUAUCAACAUUCUGAACGAGAUGAAGCAGAAAGACAUUCCUCCAAACAUGGUCACAUAUAAUUCAUUCAUUAAUGGUUUGUGUAAGCUCGGUCAGUGGGAAAAGGUUAAAACUUUGUUCUCGGAGAUGGUGAACCUUACUAUGUAUCCAGAUGUGCGCAUCUUCAAUAUACUAAUAGAUGGACUAUGCAAAGAAGGAAAAGUUGAAGAUGCCGAGGAAGUAAUGAAACACAUGGUCAGAAAAGGUGUAGAGCCUGAUAUAAUCACAUACAAUGCGAUAAUGGAUGGAUAUUGUUUGCGUGGUCAAGUCGAUAGAGCUAGGAGAAUUUUCGAUAUCAUGAUUGAUAAGGGCAUUGAGCCUAACAUUAUUAGCUAUAACAUACUAAUAAAUGGGUACUGUAGGAAAAAGGAAGUGAAUGAUGCUAUGCAAUUGUUUUGUGAAAUUUCUCAAAAGGGAUCAAAACCUAAUGUCGUUACCUACAAUACUAUCUUGCAAGGUCUUUUUAAAGUUGGAAGAAUAGGCCAUGCAAAACAAUUCUUUGCUGAGAUGCUAUCUGCAGGGUUCAUACCUGAUUUUUACACUCAUGGCAUUGUGCUCAAUGGUUAUUUUAAGUAUGGACUUGUUGAAGAAGCUUUGUCGCUCUUUAAUAAGCUGGAAGGAAAGAGAGAAAAUGCUGAUAUUAUUUUUUACAAUGUUGUCAUUGGUGGCUUGGGCAAUAAUGGUAAACUCAAUGAAGCUCGUGCUAUUUUUGAGAAGCUUUCUUUAAUUGGAUUGCUUCCGAAUGCGAGAACAUACAAUAUAAUGAUACAUGGAUUAUGUCUUGAAGGGUUGUUAGAUGAAGCUAAUGAUAUGCUAAGAAAAAUGGAGGAGAAUGGUUAUAUGCCAAAUAUCUUCACUUACAAUGUCCUUGUGCGGGGAUUUCUCAGGUGUAGCAAAAUUACUGAAAUGACAACUUUUAUGAAGGAAAUGACGGGUAGGGGUUUCUCAUUUGAUGCAACUACAACUGGGUUAUUGGUAAACGUUCUAAGGGAGAGUCCGUCCGUCCUUGACAUGAUACUAGAGCUUCACUCAAAAAUUAUGAAUUGCGGAAGCAGAUAAGCCAAUUAGAACUUCGCUUGGGCUUUGCAGGCAGGCCUAUUGAAAAGGAAAGUAUUCAAAUAUUAAAAUGCAUAAGUAUUGAAUGUAAUACUUGUUUUUGGUAACUUCAUUAAGUCGAAAGUAUCGUUCCACUCCGGGGAGAUUAGAAAUCUGUCUAUUCUAGAGGCUUGCAGAGAGUCUUCACCCCUGAACCAAGAGAAGUUUCCCCUUAGUAAAGGUAAAUCAAUAAUUCCCAGAUUAAGAUUGUAUGUAUUUACUGAAGUUGUUCAUUGCGCUGGAUCUUCUACUACCGUUGUUUUUUUCACUCUUGUAUCUGCAAUCAUUUAAGUCGUCUCCAACUACCCACCAAUCAUUCCAUAAAUCUCUUACUGCUGCAAGUUCAUACCACAAUAGCUCUCUUUCUGGAUUGUUGUGAGCUCCGUAGACACCAGUCAAACAUGAAAUGGUGUAACUGCCCCUAUGAAUUUCUCUGACUGUCCAUUGUCUUUUUUCCCAAAGUAUUAGAAUGCCACCAUUUCUGCCAUUGGAUUUCAGCUCAGCCCAUUCAACCCAUCUGUUGCCCCAUAAUUGAUAAAUCCAGCUUGGUGACCAUUUCUCAACCUUAUUUCCUUGUAAUAGACUUAACUUUGGAUAGAAUUUCUAUCCAAAUUGGAAAUCAUAAGUAUUUUUCAGAUUUUUUUUUCCUAAUAUUCCUUGCUUGUUUGGGUUGGAUUACCUAAUUUAUCCUAGGAUUAUUAUUCCACCCCCAUGGAGGGAUAACUUAUCCCUGGACUAAUGGUUAAUCCUGGGAUAAGUUAUCCCACCCUUUGCAACCAAACAACAGAUUAAUGACCACUUAAAAAUUAUCCCUGGAUUAAAUCCUCUUAUCCAUCACACCAAGCAACUCUUUAGUUCCUAAUUUACCCUUACCAUUAAUCAUAGUCAUUUCCCUAUUACAUUUUUCAAGUCAUUGUAUUUAUUAUAUUCAAAGGGUGACAUAGUAAAAUAGUCUUGAAGGGUUUUUGGAUGAAGCUAAAGAUAUUCCAAGGAAGAUGGAAGACAAUGGUUGUUUUCCCAACAAUGUCACUUACAAUGUUCUUGUGCGAGGAUUUCUCAGGUGCAACAAAAUUAGUGAAAUGGCAUCUUUCAUGAAGGAAAUAGCUGGAAGGUGCUUCUCAUUUGAUGCAACUACAACUGGGUUUUUGAUAAACGUUAUAAGGGAGAAUCCUUCCGUCCUUGACAUCAUACCAGAGCUUCACUUAAAAAUUGGAGAUAAAAGUUUUAAUUCUCCAUUUUCUAUUGUCUAGUUUUGCAAGGUGAUUUACUAGAUGCUGACACAAAAAGUCGGUCAUAUGUAAUUUAUUUCAACCAAAUGCUCUUUGUACUUUCUUUUUUCUCCUACACUCUCUCUCAUUAACUCUCUUGAACCAGAUUACGUCAGGAAAGUCAUAGAACUGGGAAGAUUAUCCAAGCAACAGAAGUUGGGAACUUUAUGACAGAAGAGGUAAAUUUGAUGGCUCUUCUCAUAUAAAAGAAAAGUGCAGUAUUGAAAUGUGUUUCCUGCCAAAAGCUAUUCUAGUAGUUAGAUCUGUAAUUAGUUUGCAAGACAUUCCUUUACAAUGAUGUCAAAUUUGUUUGUGUGGGUUGUAGAACAAGCUCAUCAUGGUCGCAUGAGAAACUGAAGUACGAAAGUGAUGCAAUUGGUGACAGGUGUUAGUUUUUGCUUCAUUUAUCAGACCUCUAGCCUAUUUUAGUGAAGAUAAGCUUAAAUACUUUGCAACAUAGUCUAUCAGCUUCCUGGAUCAUUUCUCCCUUUCACAGUCACUACACCUUCUUUCCAAAGGUUAUGUUCUAUCCUUGUUGAGACUGAUACACUUCUACUGUUGCAAAGCUGAAAAUCCUGGGAAAUUGCUCCUUGAAUGGCCUGUUCCAUAUCCAUUCGUCUUACCCGAAUAGCAAUUUUCUACCACUUCCUAGUUUAAUUUGAAUGAGCUUUAGGAGUUUGCUCCAUAAGUUUCUGUCAAAUUAUAUAUGGUCUUUACCUGUUUGUUUGUGCCACAUUGUACUGUAAGACACUACUGGCUUUUCUUCAUAACAUAUCCUUGGUUUUGAGUUGGUCUGAAUCCUCAUAACUUGACAACAUGAUUUAUAAAGAUUAUAGAAUGACAAGAUUAUUUUUCCUUUUUACUGCUUGGAUGAGGGAUCCCUCAUAUUUGGUUCUGCUGCUUCUACAAGUUUGAGUUUCAUGCGCCAAUGUUCAGUUGGUUCGAUUUGAACAUGUUCUCCUCAAGAGGCGGAGCCAGGAUUUGAAAUUUAUGGGUUUUGAAUUUGUCACCGAACCCACUAGUUUGUCUUAGUUAUUGGCUUCGCACUUAAAUAUUCAUACAUAUUCAAUGAAAUUCCUGGCACAAGUACAGGGUGACUGGGUUUGUCCGAACCCAUAGCUAAUACUCUCCCUCCGCCCCUAUUCUCCAAAAAAUUAAUUGACCUAUUUGUUAUGUUGCAGGCUCAUAUAUUUUUUUAUUUGUAUUGGAGCAGUUAAUGUAAAGCAUCUUGCUGUGGUUGCAUUGGAGCGGCAACAGCGAAUGGUUGUUGUAUUUGCAUGAGUGGUUUACCUUCAUGAUUAUAUAUGUAUUUGUGGAAAACCUAAAAUAUUUUUUGAAGAAAUUUAUUUCAUCAAUAUGUUGAAAUUAUGAUGUUGGAGAACUUAUGAUUUGGAUCAAUCGGAACAUUUUCAGUCAGAUUUUGAGGUCUUACUUGUAUAGCUUCUUCUAUUUUGAAUUUACUUGGUUGAGUUUUUGACCAUUUUGGGCUUAAUCCAGACUUGCUCACGUGUCAGGGGGUGAUUUACAAGGAUGACUUUGGAGGUGACUAGUCUUGAACUUUUGACUUCACUUGUCCCAUGGGAAAAACUUCAAGUUCAACGAUUUUUGACUUUUUCCCCGGUGAUAGAUUAGAUUACAUUUCCUAUAUACACAACUGUGAAUUUUCCUCUAGCUUCCAGCUUCCAGUAUGGUCUAUCUAAUUCCUCCUCCUCUUUAGGUGGGUCCACCUUUUCUAGAAUAUGUUCUGCCAACCCUUGAGGAAGAAUUCUUCUCAGUGUAUUUUCUUGCCAUUGCCCCCCUUCAGCUGUCUCUUUGACUAGUAUAAUUGUAUUGAUCACACUCAAAAUUUGGUGGAAUGAUUUGACAUAAAGCAGACAGUCCUGUCUAAUUGUCUAACCAGAAGUAUGAGUUGCCCUCUUUCAUCAACAUAAUAUAGUACAUUUAAUGUUUAUGAAUAUUCAAGGUGACAUUAAUACAGACAAGUGCUAGGUUUAAAAGUUUUAAAUCUCCAUUUUCUACUGUCUAGUUCUUCAAGAUGAUUUACUAGAUGACGCACAAAUAGUUGGUCAUGUGUAAUUUAUUACAACCAAAUACUCUUUGUGCUUUCUUUUGUCCCCUCCUCUCUCUCAUUAACUCUCUUGAAAAUUACGUCAGGAAAGUCAUGGAACUGGGAAAGAUUAUCCAAGCAACAGAAGCUGGGAACUUUAUGACAGAAGAGGAUCAUAAUAUUUGUAUCGGAGCAGUUCUUGUAAUAGUAUCUUGUUGUGGUUGGAUUGGAGCGGCGACAAAGAAUGGUUGCUGCAUCUGCAUGAGUGGUUUACCUUGAUGAUUUAUUAUGUAUUUGUGGAACAUUUCUAUGGGUGAUUUGCGUCUUGAACUUUCGACUUCAUUUGCCCCAUGAGCAAACCUUCAAGUUUUGACUUUUGGCUCAGAAGGUUAGUCCAUGGAGCAAGCGGGGUUUAAAAGGUCUUGUGUAAGUUCUUGCAUGUAAGGGGGGAGUUGGAUUGGAUUGUAUUUCCUAUUAAUUUCCUUUUUAGCUUUA